CCUGCUUGUUUGUUUCCUGCAACAAGAUGGCUGCCGUUCCAGAGAGCAGAGUUCUUACUUUCAGCCUUUUUAAAUGGAGCUCUUACUCCUCCACAUAUUUACCCGAGAACAUUUUGGUGGACAAACCGAAUGAUCAGUCCUCCAGGUGGUCUUCUGAGAGCAACUACCCUCCACAGUUUUUAGUCUUGAAACUGGAAAGGCCUGCGAUUGUUCAGAGCAUCACCUUUGGGAAAUAUGAGAAGACGCACGUCUGCAACCUGAAGAAAUUCAAAGUGUUUGGUGGGAUGAGUGAAGAAAACAUGACGGAUCUUUUGUCCAGUGGCCUUAAAAACGACUACAACAAGGAAACUUUCACCUUAAAGCACAAGAUUGACGAGCAAAUGUUUCCCUGCAGAUUUGUCAAAAUAGUGCCUCUGAUGUCAUGGGGGCCCAGUUUCAACUUCAGCAUUUGGUACAUUGAGCUACAUGGCAUUGAGGAUCCAGAUGUGGUGCAGCCCUGCCUUAACUGGUACAGCAAGUACAGAGAACAGGAAGCCAUCCGCCUCUGCCUCAAACACUUCCGUCAGCAUAACUACACCGAGGCCUUUGAGUCGCUGCAGAAGAAGACCCGGAUCGCACUUGAACACCCGAUGCUGACCCACCUGCACGAGCGACUGGUGCUGCAAGGAGACUUCGACGCCUGCGAAGACCUCAUAGACAAAGCCGUAAGAGACGGUUUGUUUAACCAGUACAUCAGCCAGCAGGAGUACAAGCCCAGGUGGAGUCAGAUCAUCCCCAAAUGCAACAAAGGUACAAGCGCCCAAGAAAGCAACAGGGACGACGUGAACAGUGAUGCUGACGACAACAGGCCAGGGAUGAGGGGAGGACAUCAGAUGGUUAUUGACGUCCAGACCGAGACGGUCUACCUCUUUGGGGGCUGGGACGGCACACAGGACCUGGCUGACUUCUGGGCUUACAGUGUGCAGGAAAACCAGUGGGUGUGCAUCUCCAGGGACACUGAGAAAGAGAGCGGUCCCAGCGCCCGCUCCUGCCACAAGAUGUGUAUCGACUCCCAGCGACGUCAGAUCUACACACUAGGCCGCUACCUGGACUCCAGCGUGAGGAACAGCAAGUCCCUGAAGAGUGACUUUUACCGCUACGACAUCCACGUCAACACCUGGACACUCCUGAGCGAGGACACGUCGGCGGACGGAGGGCCCAAGCUAGUGUUCGACCACCAGAUGUGUAUGGACUCUGAAAAGCACAUGAUCUACACCUUCGGCGGACGCAUACUGACGUGCAACGGAAGCGUGGAGGACAGCCGCACGUCCGAGCCCCAGUUCAGCGGCCUCUACGCCUACCACUGCCAAGCCGGCACGUGGAGCCUCCUGCGGGAAGACUCCUGCAACGCCGGCCCAGAGGACAUCCAGUCCCGUAUUGGACACUGCAUGCUCUUCCACACUAGAAACCGCUGUCUUUAUGUGUUUGGCGGUCAGAGGUCAAAGACCUACCUCAAUGAUUUCUUCAGCUACGACGUGGACGGGGACCAUGUGGAGAUCAUAUCUGAUGGCACUAAGAAGGACUCGGGCAUGGUGCCAAUGACCGGCUUCACCCAGAGAGCCACCAUCGACCCCGAGCUCAACGAGAUCCACGUCCUGUCAGGCCUCAGUAAGGACAAAGAUAAACGCGAGGAGAACGUCCGCAACUCUUUUUGGAUUUACGACAUCGCCCGUAACAACUGGUCUUGCGUGUACAAGAACGACCAAGUCGUGAAAGAAAACCCCAGCAAGGUCCUGCAGGAGGAGGAGCCGUGUCCACGCUUUGCACACCAGCUGGUCUACGACGAGAUGCACAAGGUGCAUUACUUGUUUGGCGGCAACCCAGGGAAAUCUUGUUCUCCAAAGAUGCGCCUGGAUGACUUCUGGUCGCUCAAAUUGUGCCGACCCUCCAAGGAGUACCUCCUCCGCCACUGCAGAUACCUCAUCAGGAAGUACAGGUUCCAAGAGAAAGCCCAAUCUGAGCCACUGAGCGCGCUCAAAUACUUGCAAGAUGACCUCUCGCUCACUGUGGACCACACAGACCCCCAGGAGACUAAAGAGUUUCAGCUCCUGCCCUCGGCUCUCUUCAAGUCCAGCAACGAUUUCAUCCCCCUUGGGUUCUCCGACAUGGACCAGACGUACGCCCAGCGCACUCAGCUCUUUGACACCCUGGUCAACUUCUUCCCUGACAGCAUGACGCCGCCCAAGGGCAACCUGGUGGACCUCAUCACCCUCUAGCCCCUCCCUCACAAGACAGACUCCUCCUCCACCUUACCAAACACACACACACACACACACACACACACACACACACACACACACACACACACACACACACACACACACACACACACACACACACACACACACACACACACACACACACACACACACGGGGCAGAGAGAGAGUGAAGGACAGCAGGUAUUUCUCUGACCAACAACAACUGUUAGUGUUCAAGACCCCCACCCUCUCCUAGCAGUAGAUGACAUACAUCCAUGUAGAAAAGUGUCUUGUGGAUGGAAGCUGUGCUAGCUAGCAGGCUACUGUCUCUAGGUUCUACCAUGUGUGUUCUCCUCCUACUGUCUGUGGGUUCUACCAUGUGUGUUCUCCUCCUACUGUCUGUAGGUUCUACCAUGUGUGUUCUCCUCCUACUGUCUGUAGGUUCUACCAUGUGUGUUCUCCUCCUACUGUCUGUGGGUUCUACCAUGUGUGUUCUCCUACUGUCUCUAGGUUCUACCAUGUGUGUUCUCCUCCUACUGUCUGUAGGUUCUACCAUGUGUGUUCUCCUCCUACUGUCUGUGGGUUCUACCAUGUGUGUUCUCCUCCUACUGUCUGUAGGUUCUACCAUGUGUGUUCUCCUCCUACUGUCUGUAGGUUCUACCAUGUGUGUUCUCCUCCUACUGUCUGUAGGUUCUACCAUGUGUGUUCUCCUACUGUCUGUGGGUUCUACCAUGUGUGUUCCCCUCCUACUGUCUGUAGGUUCUACCAUGUGUGUUCUCCUCCUACAAUCUGUGGGUUCUACCAUGUGUGUUCUCCUACUGUCUGUGGGUUCUACCAUGUGUGUUCUCCUCCUACUGUCUGUGGGUUCUACCAUGUGUGUUCUCCUCCUACUGUCUGUAGGUUCUACCAUGUGUGUUCUCCUCCUACUGUCUGUAGGUUCUACCAUGUGUGUUCUCCUCCUACUGUCUGUGGGUUCUACCAUGUGUGUUCUCCUACUGUCUGUAGGUUCUACCAUGUGUGUUCUCCUCCUACUGUCUGUAGGUUCUACCAUGUGUGUUCUCCUCCUACAAUCUGUGGGUUCUACCAUGUGUGUUCUCCUACUGUCUGUGGGUUCUACCAUGUGUGUUCUCCUCCUACUGUCUGUGGGUUCUACCAUGUGUGUUCUCCUCCUACUGUCUGUAGGUUCUACCAUGUGUGUUCUCCUCCUACUGUCUGUGGGUUCUACCAUGUGUGUUCUCCUACUGUCUGUGGGUUCUACCAUGUGUGUUCUCCUCCUACUGUCUGUAGGUUCUACCAUGUGUGUUCUCCGCCUACUGUUUGGAAACCAUUCAUUUCCGUCAUGCCGCGUUUGCAUCCCAAGCAACAGUCCAAUAAUGUAUAUUCCAUGUGCCAGGAUGCUACUUUGUGCACAUAACUACUCCCUCGCUUAUCGCUCUUAAUUGGCUCCGGACAUAUCAUUCAUCAACCUUCUAAUGAACAAUUUGACAGCUUUUUAGUCACAAAAUAUUACACUCUUUCAUCCAACCUAGUAAUGCUGCUUGAGGCUGAGCCAAUCAGUGGCCAGCAUACUGAACAGUGGUUUACUCUCAUCUGUUGGCCAGUACUACUGUAGUCUUGACAUGUUUAUGCUUAUGUAGCUCUAAAAAAUUGUAGAAUAUAUAUAUAAAUAAAACAUGUCAAUACUACUGUAGUCUUGACAUGUUUAUGCUUAUUUAGGUCUAACUAAUGCUUGAAAAAAGUUUUGAAUACAAUCCCAUGUGGCGAGGGACGACUGUACAUCAAUUUAUUUGGAUCCAACCUUCAGAUUAUAGAACAUUACAGAGAUAUAUUUUGGUCAAAUAUGACUUUUUAUGCUCCAGCCUCACUCACUAGCGCUGAAUAAGAGUUGGGAUCCAUGCUGCCAAUAAAUCAGUUGUGUGAAUAAUUGUAGCAGGUUUUAUUCACCCUGCAGAUAAUACUUUGAUGGUACUGUAGUAUUAUUGAAACACUAUUUGGGCCACACUGAACAGAAAAGGAUUCUUUCUAAAGUCGGUCGUCGUUAAUUGACCUCAAACUAGAAGCUUCUUUCAAACCUGCCACCUUUUACUAUUUUGUUGUUGUGACUGUUCUCAUGUUUACAGUUUUUGUUAUGUUAGGUUGUAUUUUUAUUCUAAUAAUGUUAUUAAGACUCCUUUCUUUCUCGUUAAAUCAUGACAACGCUUUGUGGUAAAAUGUCUUCUUUAAAAAAUGGGACUUUUCUUAAUACUGACAAUACAAUAUUCAGACUUUAGACACGUAAAAUGACAAUUUUCCUCCUACAAUAUUGUUGUUUUAAAAGCCCGUUCCAUAGUUGAGUUACAAACUUUUCCUUUUAUGAAUACAGCCUUUUUCUUGACGUCCUGUAAGAUUAUGACUAUUUUGUCAGAAACGGCUGUUCAUAAUUAUUUUGUCACGAUGAGUUUAUUACGAUAAUAUCAUUAAUGUUUUCUUGUAUUGUCUUAGACUUUUCCCCCUAAAACCUUAACCCUAACCUCUUUUCAGAAUACAUAAUGUCUUAAUAUUGCAACCAAUGAAAUUCUCAUCAUUUCUACUAGGAAAAUGACUUGAGUAUUUUUCCCAUAAAAAAUGUUUCCUUGUAUUGGUCUCAAUAAAUGACACCUUAGUGACAAUACAUGUUUACUUUUUGUAAACAAUAUUAUUCCUCAUCAAAUUCAGUGUCACAAAUGUUAGAAUGUUGCUCACUAAAUGUAAAGAUGAAAUACAAAAGACUGGUAAAGUUCUGACUUCACAACCUCAUCGUCAUAUUCUCACUUUAUUCUGACAAAAUGAUAACUAUAUAACCCCUCUACUGUUAUACUUUUCUGUUCAGUGUGGCUUUAAGCGUCAGUGGUGUAACGACUGUAAUAUGAAUACUAGUCUUUUGCAUUAACACUGGUCAUGUUGGUGUUUUGUUGUCUGCAAAAGCUAUCAGAAAUAAUCAUAUUGUAAAAAAAACUAAAGCACCUUUGUUUCAAAACAAUGCCAAAUAUGAAAUGCUGUUUUCGGGGUUUCCUUAAAUUCCCCUCUCAUUCUUCUCUGUGGAGAAGUGGGCUGCCCUCACCUGUGCCAGCACUUCUCCAUGGCCUUGUAGUAUUGCAUUGUAUGUAAUGUACAUAAGGAAUAAAGAUUGUAUUUUCUUCA